GGGGAGUCAGGUGAGGUUAGGUCACUGCUAGGUGGAGUGAUAUGAAAUAAGUGUGCUAUUUAUGCCGUGAUUACGUUUCCACGGAUCCUGGGGCACAUUUCACCCGCUUGAGGAAGGUUUACGGAAAAGUCGGACCAUAGAAUGGUAUUCUGAGGCGGUAGAUAGGUUAGAGGACACAGUGGGAAACGGUCCUUCUAGAGGAGGACAAGAUGUUCUCGAAGUGUCAGUGUCGUGGAGCUGGGCGACCUGUUCCCACGAGACUGUACGUAAAUUUUUUGUAAUGCGAAGAGAUGAACGCCCAAGGACAAGGACAGGGUCAUGCCCAUGGUCACGCUGUCGUCGUUUGGGAGUGGGAGAAUCGACAGGGUCGCUGGCGACCGUACAGCCCAGCAGUGUCCCAGCACCUCGAGAGGGCCUAUUGUAAGAAACUUACGAGAGUCUUCCUCCACGAUGCAGAUCCCAGCUUGGACAGGUUCGUCGUACCAUGGUAUUAUAUUAAUCUCAAAACCAAAACGCAAUGUAGCGACGAUGGCGAUGAAACUCAUGGUGUCAGGCGAAAAUUCUAUCUCCCGGGAUCACCGGCUGGAAAGGGGGCUAAGUGGGAGUGGGCAGGAGACUCAGAUGACUGGCAUACUUAUGACAUGGAAGUCCAGUGUUUGGUAGAGGAAGCAUGGGCCAGAGGGGACAAAACGAUCGAUGUCUCAAAGACGUACCUUGGCUUUCCGUACAUUAUCAACUUCUGUAAUCUUACCCAAGUUCGGUGUUGCACAGGCUAUGUAAGGCCUAUUCGUCGGGUUCAGCAAGCACCAUAUCCAUUGGUAAAAGUAGCUCUGGAAGAACUGCGCAAUGCCACAACCAGAAUUAAUCCAUCUCCACCUUUGUUGGCAAAAAAUACCAGCACAAAGGUCGUGCGUAAAAAAUCGCCGAGUAUCACUGCUAAGAAAAGUGGUAAAAAGGGUAAAAGCAGCGAUGCCGGACCUGCAAAUAUAGCUCGGGUCAUUUUGAGUAACUUCAACAUAUUUAGCAGCAAACAUGGCAUAGAAAAUGGGAAUUCUGCAAGCGGGGCCGAGUGUGGUCAGAAGAGGAAAACUCGAGAUGCGGUUCUAGACGUGGAUUCAAGUAGUACAAAGAGUGGACGGAGACCCAGUGUAGAUACCGUUUCAACUUACUUGAGCCAUGAAAAUCCGGUGGAUUUGUUGGAUAGCAGUGUGGGAAGUGAUGAAGCAUUCAAAGAUUCCCCUGCUAACAUCGAGGCAGCUUCCGAUGUUAUAUCACAAUACGUGAAGGUCGUGGAGAGCGUUGGCUCCGAUUCAUGUCCAGUCUGCCUUGGAAGUCCCGAACCCCUGACGGUUGAGUUGUCUCGUUGCAGACACAGACUACAUCUAGCGUGUUUAAACGCGAUGUUAAGUUCUCAGCAACAGCCCAUGUACAUACAGUGUCCAGUAUGUCGUCUAAUUUAUGGCGAGAAGAGGGGAAAUCAACCAGCUGGUACGAUGAACUGGACUAGGAUUCCAAGAGCUUUGCCUGGCUUUCCAAACACGAAGACCAUACAAAUAACGUACGAUAUUCCAUCGGGUAUUCAGGGCCCGGAGCAUCCUAAUCCUGGUCAGGCAUACUACGCCGUAGGAUUUCCAAGAGUCUGCUACCUGCCGGACAAUGAUCUAGGCAGCAGAGUUUUAAGACUGCUUCAGAUUGCCUUUGAGAGGAGACUGAUAUUCACUAUAGGUCGUUCCGUAACUACUGGGAGAGAAGACGUCGUUACUUGGAACGAGAUUCAUCACAAGACCGAGUUGGGUCCUUCGACGUCUGGCCACGGUUAUCCUGAUACAAACUACCUGGAGCGUACCCUCCAGGAAUUGGCAGCUCAGGGUGUGUCGGAUGGGCCAUCACCGGUGACUCUGUAUUAGGACUUACGUUGAGACUCGAUUUCUCGUCCUUUAUUCCAUUUCUUGUGAAUCGAAGUAUCGUGGAGCUUGAAGAGACAAAGAAACCAUUGCCAUUAUGAAUGCAUAAAAGAAAACGUGUUUUCAAAAGUCUGGAGGACAAAGACGCCGAUGUCUUUGAUUGGUGCAAUUAUAACUCGAAAUCCUUAAGUUUAAAAGUUACUUCCCUGUUUUUGGACACUUUUUGCAUGGUUUCUCAUAAUCUAUAAGCUCCAUCGAGAGUAUCCCUCUGUUAACGAUAACCAUAAGUCAUUCCUAACCUCUGUCUUCCUUUCAUUCCUCAGUUUCUUAUUAGGACAAUAAGAUUAAUGGACUAAUUUUCAUAACACCGGUGGGACCGUAGGAACACCGAAGCCUGUCAUUGCACCAUGUGCGAGGGAUUCGACUGUUUAAGUAUAACUUAUAUACAUUUAUAUUCCCUAACGUUAACAUAGCUCGUAAUUGCAUGUCGUCGAUAGCAUUCCUACAACGGGGAGAAUGAAUUGUAUGUAAUACAAUUUAUUAUAAGAAUUUUCUUCUAAUUGCGAUGAAACGAGAUGGCAAGUGUCCACGUAUAGUAUUAUU